AUAAACUUGCCGAAGCUUUUUCAGAUUCAGUGGUCAAAGUUGAAGGAAAGAUUAGAGGUUGGAGUCUCGGAUGCUGAAUAAGCUCACGCACGGCGUUUUCACGUACCGUGCCAGCCUCACCGCCAUGUUAUCUUCUUCAACCUCUGCUGGUUUAUCGUCUUCGUUCGUUUCUACUCGGAAUUCAUGGAAGUCUCCGAGAUUUCUCAGUUCCGGUAUAUUCUCUGGUGGCGUUUCGAGGAAUCGUGUUUCUUUUCACGUUCAGUCUCAUCGCGCAUCAGCUGUUCGAUGUUUUGCCUCUUCAGGCGGUUCUGAUAGAAUUCAGGUUCAGAACCCUAUCGUUGAAAUGGACGGCGAUGAAAUGACGAGGGUGAUAUGGAGUAUGAUAAAGGAGAAACUUAUUCUUCCUUAUCUGGAUUUGGACAUUAAGUACUUCGACUUGGGGAUUCUGAAUCGUGAUGCUACUGAUGACAAGGUUACAGUUGAAAGUGCAGAAGCAGCUCUUAAGUACAAUGUUGCUAUCAAAUGUGCCACUAUAACUCCUGAUGAGGGUAGAGUGAAGGAGUUUGGACUGAAAUCAAUGUGGAGGAGUCCUAAUGGGACAAUCAGAAACAUUUUAGAUGGAACUGUAUUCCGUGAACCUAUUAUGUGCUGCAAUAUCCCCCGGCUUGUUCCUGGUUGGAAAAAGCCUAUAUGCAUUGGUAGGCAUGCCUUUGGUGACCAGUAUCGUGCCACUGAUACAGUAAUUAAAGGGCCAGGAAAGUUGAAAAUGGUUUUUGUCCCAGAAGAUGGAAACGCACCUGUGGAGCUAGAUGUAUAUGAUUUCAAAGGCCCAGGUGUCGCACUUGCUAUGUACAACGUAGAUGAGUCAAUUCGAGCUUUUGCUGAGUCAUCUAUGGCGAUGGCACUCACUAAGAAAUGGCCAUUAUACUUGAGCACCAAGAACACAAUUCUCAAGAAAUAUGAUGGCAGAUUCAAGGACAUAUUUCAAGAAGUUUAUGAAGCGAAUUGGAAGCAAAAGUUUGAAGAGCACUCAAUCUGGUAUGAGCACCGCUUGAUCGAUGACAUGGUGGCUUACGCAGUCAAAAGUGAAGGUGGCUAUGUCUGGGCAUGCAAAAACUACGACGGUGAUGUUCAAAGCGAUCUUCUUGCCCAAGGGUUUGGCUCAUUAGGCCUCAUGACCUCCGUUUUGCUGUCCGCUGAUGGGAAAACACUCGAGUCGGAAGCGGCUCAUGGUACAGUAACUCGGCAUUUCCGACUGCACCAAAAGGGACGAGAAACCAGUACUAACAGCAUAGCCUCCAUAUUUGCAUGGACACGCGGCUUAGAACACAGGGCGAAACUGGAUAAGAACGAAAAGUUAAUGGAUUUCGUAAAGAAGCUCGAGUCGUCAUGUGUAAACACUGUUGAGACAGGGAAAAUGACCAAGGAUCUUGCCCUUUUAAUCCAUGGUCCCAAGGUGAGUAGGGAUUUGUUUUUGAACACGGAAGAGUUCAUUGAUGCAGUAGCCUCUAAGCUCAAAACACAGCUCAAAGAGCUUCCUCUUUUUUCGUUGUCGGCUCAGUCCUCACUUCACCGGUCAACUUCUCUUCCUAAUUUCCUCGCAUGGCGUGCUUUGGGUUUUCGCACCAUCUGCUCCGGCCGCCUUGGUUUCGCUCCGUCUUCUCCAGACUCGCCGGCCUCCGCAGGAACCAAAAUUUUGGAAUCAUUUAAGGAGGAAUUCGAAGUCGGAUCCCGCGUGGUCUCCUUUGAGACGGGAAAAAUAGCUCGCUUUGCAAAUGGGUCCGUCGUUCUCGGCAUGGAUCAGACCAAAGUUCUCUCUACUGUUACUUGUGCUAAGACUGACUCGCCUCGGGACUUCUUGCCUCUCACUGUUGACUAUCAAGAGAAGCAAUACGCUCAGGGUUUGAUUCCAAAUACGUAUAUGAGAAGAGAGGGUGCACCAAAGGAGCGGGAGCUGUUAUGUGGCCGGCUCAUUGAUAGACCAAUCAGACCAUUGUUUCCUUCAGGGUUUUACCAUGAAGUUCAGAUAAUGGCUAGUGUUCUAUCGUCGGAUGGGAAGCAGGAUCCAGAUAUACUGGCAGCUAAUGCAUCAUCAGCUGCGCUCAUGCUAUCAGAUGUUCCAUGGGGAGGGCCCAUUGGAGUCAUCCGGAUAGGGAGGAUAUGUGGGCAAUUUGUUGUCAAUCCGACUAUGGAUGAGCUUAGCUCAAGUGAUCUCAAUUUGAUAUACGCUUGCACAAGGGAUAAGACUAUGAUGAUUGAUGUUCAAUCCCGUGAAAUCUCGGAGAAAGAUUUAGCAGCUGCUCUGAGGCUAGCUCAUCCAGAGGCUGUUAAGUACCUGGAUCCCCAAAUAAGAUUGGCAGAAAAAGCUGGGAAACAAAAGAAGGAGUACAAAUUGUCCAUGCUUUCUGAGAAAACUUUAGAAAAAGUGACUGACUUGGCUGCAACGCGUAUUGAAUCUGUCUUUUCCGACCCUUCAUAUGGAAAGUUUGAACGUGGAGAGGCUCUAGAUAACAUUGGAAAAGAUGUAAGAAAAGUAUUUGAAGAAGAGGGUGAUCAAGAAAGCUUGAGCAUCCUUCCAAAGGCUGUUGAUACAGUGAGAAAGAAGGUAGUCCGUUCAAGGAUGAUAUCGGAUGGAUUUCGAGUCGACGGGAGACAUCUUGAUGAAGUUAGGCCCAUCUACUGUGAAUCGCAUUACUUACCUGCGCUGCAUGGAUCAGCACUUUUCUCACGUGGAGAUACGCAGGUGCUCUGUACUGUCACACUUGGAGCCCCGGCAGAGGCACAAAGCUUGGAUUCCCUUGUUGGCCCCCCGAAAAAGAGAUUUAUGCUUCACUACAGCUUUCCACCAUAUUGUACAAAUGAAGUCGGAAAACGAGGAGGCCUUAACAGGCGUGAAGUUGGUCAUGGAACACUUGCUGAGAAAGCAUUGCUUGCUGUCUUGCCCCCUGAAGAGGCUUUUCCUUACACUGUUCGUAUAAAUUCAGAAGUAAUGUCCUCAGAUGGAUCCACGUCGAUGGCAAGUGUUUGUGGAGGUAGUAUGGCAUUGAUGGAUGCCGGAAUUCCUCUGCGAGCUCAUGUUGCGGGUGUAUCCGUUGGUCUUAUCACCGAUGUAGAUCCAUCAAGUGGUGAAAUAAAGGACUACCGUAUAGUAACCGAUAUUCUCGGUUUGGAAGAUCAUCUUGGAGAUAUGGAUUUCAAGAUUGCUGGCACACGAAAUGGUGUGACAGCGAUUCAGCUGGAUAUAAAGCCAGCUGGAAUACCAUUGGACAUAGUUUGUGAAUCCUUAGAAAAUGCACGUGAAGCCCGUCUUCAGAUUCUUGACCACAUGGAGAGAAACAUAAAUUCCCCCCGAGCCCAGGAUGGGGCUUAUUCACCUCGGCUAGCAACGUUCAAGUACACCAAUGACUCACUUCGUAGCUUGAUCGGACCUAUGGGUGUACUCAAAAGAAAGAUUGAAGAGGAAACAGGUGCAAGAUUGUCUAUUGAUAAUGGAACAUUAACUAUUGUUGCCAAGAAUCAGGAUGUGAUGGAAAAGGCCCAAGAAAAGGUUGACUUCAUCAUUGGUCGUGAAAUAGUUGUUGGUGGCGUGUACAAAGGCACAGUGACAUCUAUAAAAGAGUAUGGUGCAUUUGUUGAGUUCAGUGGUGGUCAGCAAGGUCUACUACAUAUGUCUGAGCUAUCUCAUGAACCAGUCUCCAAGGUUUCAGAUGUAUUACAUAUUGGCCAGUACAUCACUACGAUGUGCAUCGAAACCGAUGUCCGGGGUAACAUUAAAUUAUCCCGCAAAGCAAUGUUGCCCAAACCCGAACGCAAACCAGCAUCUGAUGCUGGAAAAGACUCGGUGAUGAAAGAGUCGUCAACUGUCUACAUAGAAACGUCUAGUGUUGGAGAGACUGUUGCAAGCAUGCCCAGUAUCGUAACGCCACCCCAGAAAUCUAAAUUAUCAGUUCCUGCAGUUGUCAUCCGUACUGCUGUGGAGUGUCAUGAGGCAGAGAAAUCUUCCCCUGUGAACAAGAACGACAAACCCAAACGCGCUGCGACACCGAAGCCAGACCGGAAACCCAAAUCCACUGCCUCUAAACUGACUGCGACACAGAAGGAAGAGGAGGCACUCGAAUCCAUUGCUCCAGAAGAAACUCUAGCUGAAUGUGGUGAGACACUGAAGCAGGACGGGAAGCUAAAAUCCGCUUCUCCCAAAAACAGUAGCACUGAUACUAACCUAGUAUCAUUUUCAAAAGCUAUGAAAUCAAUUAGGAAGGAGAAUCAAUCAGAGAGCAAGGCUGAAGAGAGUGCAUUGGUUAGUACCCGAAAUCUGAAAAUUGGAACAGAAAUGUCAGCCAAGGUCCACGAGAUUCGAGCCCGUGGAUUGGUUCUUGAUUUAGGUGGUGAAAUCCGCGGCAUGUACAAAUUCAAGGAAGAUGAAGAGACAGAGUUUGAAAAGGGAGACACAUUGCAAGUGAAAUGUACAAGUUUUAGUACUAAAGGAAUCCCUGUGAUGGCUUUGGUUGACGAAGAGGGAGAGGAAUAAUGGUAAACUCUCUUUCCUCUCUAGAAGGUUUUUUCAACCCAAGGGAUCAUGUGGAAUCGAUCAUACGAGAGUUUUGCUUGAAAUGUUUUUACUAUAGGGAUCGAAUCAUGAGAUGAUCUAUAGCUGCUUUUGGUGAGCAAAUCUUGGUAGAUAGAUUCAUUGGCGUCACAACUUGAGGAAAACUAAUGAAAUCAGUUACGUAAC